CAUAUGUCAUCAUUACAUGAAAUGAAAGCCUUCGAGUUUAAUGAAAAGUAGACGUUAUAACGUCUCAACAACUAUAGAUUAUACAUAUAUGGACAAAUAACUCAUAUCAUGUAAGCAUACACUAUUAACUCUCUUUUGUCUCUAUUCCAAUCCAGUUCUCUCUCUAUAUGAGAGUAAAGUUAUAUCAUCAUAUCAUUCACAUACUAACGUCCUCAUCAACGUUUCGUUCAAGUUCUGACAACAUUUUGUUACCUUUUAAUUUCUUUGGUUUCUUUCAUAAUUCAUAACCGUCGAAAGCAAAAUAAAAUGAAGGGACGUAUGUUUUGCGCUUCUCAAGUAUCAACAGCCAUAUGUUCAAGCAUGGACCACAUUCACAAACCAACCACCACCGUCAUGGACGAUGAAAAACUCAGCGGCAGAGAAAUCGACCGCCACAAUCCGAUCAUUGAAGAUGGCAAGAGAUCCUCCGUCGACGAUUAUAUCAGAAUACCCGCUUCUCCAGCAGACGGAGAGAUCAGUAACAAAACAAUAGAGAUCUACAAGGGCAGCAGGAGGAGCGUCACUGCCCGAAAAAGCACCGGCAGUGGCGGUGGAGCCGCGGCGUUGUUGAAGCUCAUCACAAAUGACCUCAGCUUGGCGAGGAAGAGUUUCAGCUGUGUAGCGAGACCCGCAAGUGAGUUCACCAAAACCCCUGCUGGUUCUACAAGGUAUCUUUUGGGCUCCGAUCCGGAUUCUCUUACCGGGUCUUUGGGUCAGGAUACGAUUAAGACGGUAGCUCCUAAAUCUCCUGAUGCUGAAGAGAUAAAACCGUCAAUGGAGGAGAAGACUAGUGGUGGAGGAGGUGGUGGUUCAGACAAGGUCGUUGUUCUCAAAGUGUCUCUCCACUGUAGAGGCUGUGAAGCAAAAGUUAGGAAACAACUGUCCAGAAUGCAAGGUGUGACAUCGUUCAACAUAGAUUUUGCUGCAAAGAAAGUGACUGUGACUGGAGACAUCACUCCCUUGGGAAUAUUGGAUAGCAUCUCAAAGGUUAAAAAUGCUCAAUUCUGGACAGCCCCAACACUCCCAACUCCAAACCUCCCAGUGCCAAAUCUGGAAACUCCAAAUCCCUAGUUUACUUUUUCACUGUCUUAUCUCUCUCACUUGUUGUAAAGUCAACAGUAAAGUUUCAAACUUUACUGCACCUACUUUUCGUUAGAACCAGCUUCGCAGGUUUCAUCAUGAGGCUACACCUCCUCUUUAUGCAGUGAUGCUUAAACAUAUCAUUACAUGUUUGCAUUUUUCACAAAUGUUUUUUUCUUUUAUAUAAUUGAUAGAUACUAUGCAACUUC